CCUGCCACCUGGAAGAUGCCGAGAUUGUGCUACAGCUGCUCUGGGGCCCUGCUGCUGGCCUUGCUACUUCAGGCCUCCAUGGAAGUGUGCGGCUGGUGCCUGGAAAGCAGCCAGUGUCAGGACCUCACCACAGAAAGAAACCUGCUGGAGUGCAUCCGGGCCUGCAAACCCGACCUCUCGGCCGAGACGCCUGUGUUUCCGGGGAACGGCGACGAGCAACCGCUGACAGAGAACCCCCGGAAGUACGUCAUGGGCCACUUCCGCUGGGACCGCUUCGGCCGCCGGAACAGCAGCGGCGGCGGCGGUGCGAGCCGGAAGCGCGAAGAGGAGGUUGCGGCGGGCGAAGGCCGCGUCCCGCUGCCCGCUGGCGAUCCUGAGUUCCGCGGCGAUGGCGCCGAGCCGGGCCCUCACGAGGGCAAGCGCUCCUACUCCAUGGAGCACUUCCGCUGGGGCAAGCCGGUGGGCAAGAAGCGGCGCCCGGUGAAGGUGUACCCGAACGGCGCGGAGGACGAGUCGGCCGAGGCCUUUCCGCUCGAGUUCAAGAGGGAGCUGGCCGGGGAGCGGCCCGCGGCGGCGCCCGGCCCCGACGAGCUGGAGCUCGGCGAGGCGGCCGCGGCCGAGAAGAAGGACGACGGGCCCUAUCGCAUGGAGCACUUCCGCUGGGGCACGCCGCGCAAGGACAAGCGCUACGGCGGCUUCAUGAGCUCGGAGAAGAGCCAGACGCCGCUGGUGACGCUGUUCAAGAACGCCAUCAUCAAGAACGCCCACAAGAAGGGCCAGUGAGGCGCGGGCCCGGGCCUGCCCGCCCGCCCGCCCGAGAGGCAGUCCGCCCGCAGCCCCUGCCCGCCAGCCCUCCAUCGCCUUCUGGUCACUGAAGCUGCCUGUAGUUAGGAAAUAAAGCCUGUCAAAUUUC